AUGAAAAAGAAAAUCGAUAAAACCGUAACAAAAAAAACUAUAUCAUGGGACGAAGUCACCAUUAAUGAGCAAGACAAGGAUAGAGGUUCGAGAAUGAAAAUUCUUGAGCCGAACACUCCCUUCAAUUUUAUUUUGAUGGAUAGUGCUUCGGAAGAUGAAGCUUCAAAAUUUGGAGACGCAAAGGGACAAAACGAAGGACAGAAUGACAUUGCCAACGAUUUAAUAAACAAGUUAAAUCAGUUGGUUGAGAAACAGGAAAAUAAAACCGCUUCUAAUAUUGAUUUUAAGGAAAAAAGGAAGAAACAUUACAAUGAGUAUAAGAUGCUUCAGAAAUUGAGAAAGUCCGGCACAUUUGAUGAAGUAGAUGAGGUAGACGGAGAGUUCAAGCUAGAAGAUCAUGACUCGAGCUGUGAAAAUUCCCAUAUCCAGGAGUCAGAAGAGUAG